ACUCACUGAUUUAUUAUGUGGUCUACAACAAAAUAUUAUUCAAUACUCUUGCGCCACAAUUGAUCAGUUCUCACCGAGCACGCGAGAAGAUCACAUCGUAAAGUGCACAGCUGGAAGCUCUAGAUUCCCCCAAAUGACCAACCCAAGAUGCCGUCCACUCGCGUCUCCAUUUUGAUCGUACUGGCCACGAUCGGCGUCCUCCAUGCUGGAAUUGUUCGUCGCGGUGCUUCCAACGACAUUCUACCCAAGAAUGAAGCCAAGGCUCUGCAGGCGUUGGAACGGUGCGAAAAACGCUUCCAGGAGGCCAAGGCCAAACAAACGAUCGCCGCCUGGGACUACGGAUCCAACUUGACCAAGUUCAACGAGCAACGCAAGAUCGAAACAUCUGCGGAGUUUGCUGAGGUGGCAAAGUCGGUAGCUCGUGAACUGCAGCAAUACAAUUAUGACUCGUUUCGAACUGAGGACUUGAAGCGACGCUUCAGGAAGUUGACAAUGCUGGAUAAGGCUGCGCUUCCAGAGCAUAAGUACACGGAGCUGCUGGAGGCGGUUUCCAGUAUGGAAGCUAAUUACGCGAAGAUUAAGCUCUGCUCGUACAAAGAUCGCGCGAACUGCACUUUGUCCCUGGAUCCGGAGAUUACCGAGAUUAUUGCUACCAGUCGUGAUCCGGAGGAGCUGAAAUACUAUUGGGAGGAAUGGUUCAAUAAGGCCGGUAAGCCGACAAAACCGGCUUUUUUGAAGUAUCUCAAUCUCACUAAGGAGGUGGCGACGUUGAACGGUUUCGACGAUUAUGCUGAUCUUUGGCUGAAAGAAUACGACGAUCCCACCUUUGAGCAGCAGGUUGAACACGUGAUCGAACAGAUCAAACCGCUUUAUGAGCAGAUUCACGCUUAUGUUCGCUACAAAUUGCGAGAAAAGUACGGACCUGACGUAGUUUCGGAAACUGGACCGAUUCCAAUUCAUCUGCUGGGAAAUUUGUGGGGACAAGUUUGGGAGAACAUCGCUGAUUUCACGACACCAUUCCCGGAGAAGAAGCUUCUGGACGUGACCAAAGAAAUGAACAAACAGGGCUAUACCCCUCUGAAGAUGUUCCAGAUGGGUGAUGGUUUCUUCCAAUCACUUAACAUGACCAAACUUCCACAAGACUUCUGGGACAAAAGUAUCCUCGAGAAACCCACCGACGGGCGCAAUUUGGUUUGCCACGCCAGUGCCUGGGACUUCUUCGCCACGGACGACGUUCGCAUCAAGCAGUGCACUAGGGUCAACAUGAGGGAGUUCUUCGUAGUCCAUCACGAGCUGGGUCACAUCCAGUACUAUCUGCAGUACCAACAUCUACCGGUCGAGUAUCGUCGUGGGGCCAAUCCAGGAUUCCAUGAAGCCGUUGGCGAUCUGCUGUCGUUGUCGGUUUCUACCCCGAAACACUUGAAGAAGAUCGGACUGCUCAAGGACUACGAAGAGGACGCGCAAACCAAGAUCAACCAGUUCUACCGAUCGGGCGUGACCAAAUUUGUGUUCCUCCCGUUCGCGUACACCUUAGACAAAUACCGCUGGAGUCUGUUCCGGGGAGAGAUCCCGCCGGAGGAGUACAACUGCCGUUUCUGGCAGCUGCGAAGCCAAUUCAGCGGAGUUGAACCACCUGUUCGGCGUACCAAGGAAGACUUCGACGCCCCAGCCAAGUAUCACGUGUCAGCCGAUGUCGAGUACUUGCGGUACUUCGUGUCCUACGUGAUUCAGUUCCAGUUCCAUCGGGCGGCGUGUCGUCUGGCCGGGCAGUACGUACCGGGCGAUCCGGAGAAGACGUUGAACAACUGCGAUAUCUACGAGAGCGUCGAAGCUGGAAAUAAGAUCAAGGAGAUGCUGUCGUUGGGAUCAUCCAAGCCGUGGCCUGAUGCGAUGGAGGUUUUGACUGGGGAGCGCAAGAUGAAUGCGGAUGCCAUUUUGGAGUACUUUAAGCCACUUCAUGAUUGGUUGGUGGAGGAGAACAAGUUUUUGGGGGCCCAUGUCGGUUGGACCGCGACAGACAAAUGCGGCGCACCGAAGCACGAUUUUAUGCCCUGAUUGAGUUGAUAAACUUUUGUUCGUUAUGUUGAUAUUUAUUUGAACAAUUUUGGACAUGAUUUAUUAUAACAUUUGUUUUAUUGAUUUUACAUUGACAUUAUUAAAUUGAGUGAUUUUGUUGUUAGUUUGAA